GACGCCGAACGGCGCGUGUGAGUGUGUGUGCAUGGUUCGGCACUGCGGUGGGAGAGACGAUAUAAAACCGGCGUAAUUUCAAUGCUGUAUUUCAGUCUUUCAACAUCACUUGUCGUGGAAACACCUUUGAAGAUUGUGUAUUUGUGCUCUAGAGAGAGACGAGUCGCGUGUGUGUACGACGCUCGCUAUUCGAUAGAUAUACUACACUAAUAGCGUGAAUACCCAGAGAGCCAGAGAUCAAAUCUCGAAAUUUGCUACACUUUUUUUUUCUACCGAAACACGAACUGAACGAACACCCGCAAAGGCCUUCGAACUCCUUCGCAGAGACUCACGAUUCGCGCGUGCGAAAAAGAAUCAAGUGAAAAUCAUAACAAACCGAAGAGAGUGAUUCGUGAACAAUUUGUGCUCCGGAGGAACAAGGUGGUGCGAUUGGAUGGAUGUUUACAAUCAGUGGAAGAUCAUUGCUAGUGAAGGUAGAAAAACUGUAGCUGAUUUUGCUGAGCUGAGCUGAAACUUCGAGGGAGACUGUUGUGUUGGCAAGUGCAAGUUUGCAGAGAUUAAAACUGCGGCAAACCAGCUAGUGUUGGCCGUUAGGUGAUCCCGCAAAAGCAACUCCAGAAGCCCUGUUUUCGGAAAGCUAGGUCCUUCAUGUGGAAUAAUUCUGAAAGUGGCAGUAGCUAAGUUUUCCGAAAAACAGACCAAGUCCCAAAACUAAGAAAAAACCCUUCGCCGAUCAUACUGAAGCUUAAUUUCACGCGAAGAUUAAUAGUGCAUCGUGUUACGAACUAGAAAGCAAACAAAUUUCGCCUGAACAAACGAAAAGUGCGCAAUCAUUUCGACAAACGCGACGAAGUCAACGAACGUGAAGAAAAGAGACUUGCCUGAACCACAUUUCACUCUAAUCAACGAUAAUUCAAAUCAAUUGUUAGUUGCAACCGUGCAUGCAAGAAGAUACUGUGUGGCAGUGAACUCGAAAGGAGGAACACAGAAAAAGCAAGACUGAAUCGCUGAACCGAAUUUGCUCCACCUCAACACCCGUUCGUCGUCCGUCCAUCGGUUCCGUUUGUCGUCGUCGUCCAAAAAGUCCGCUACUCUCCGUUCCGCAGCACUAACUCCCGCCCCACGUCUGUGGCUGUGUGCGCGUGCUUUUGUGGCGAAAAGUGUAAUUGUGAAAGUACCCUAAACUCCCCGAACCGUACCCUCACCGUGUGUGCACUUUGAGAGACUUUGACGAGAGUGUAGUAGCGGAAAGCAAAGAAAAAGUAACCAGCAGGCAGUAACAACUGGUGAAGGAACUGGACGAAAAACCGACGAAAAUUGCGCAAAGGGAGCGAAACAGAGUGUGUUAGUUCGGAUCGAAUGCAUGGAAAACGUCUAUUAUAACAGUAUUGGAAAAUUGUUUCAUGCGGGAGCGGCGAAAUCGGCGAAAUUAGUUAGCCCCCAACAGUGAUAAUCGGCUGUGCAGAAAAUAUUUAACUCAUCGUUGUAAAUACUCGAAACACACACACACACACGCAACCGCAGCGGGGUCCUUUGCCCAAAUCACGGAAAGCCAUAUUAGAUAGAGCCUCGACUAGAGUACAUACUAGGGUAAAUAAUCAAACCAACUAUUAACGGCUGCUUGCAACAUGUCUUCAGCUAGUGCCCCGACGACUGGUGAAUCGGUGGAAAUGCCAUCGGUGGCCGCCGUGGAGGUGGCGCCUGCAGCCCCAGCAAGCAGUAAUGCAAGAAUCGUUGAAAAGGUGGAAACCGCCACAAUGACUGAUAUGCUUCCCAUAGAAAAUGAAGAAAGUGAAAGUGCUGCUGCUCCGAGUAGUAAAGUUUGCAGCAGCGAAGAGGUGAAGCCUGAACCACAGUCGCUAGUUCAGUGUGAACCACCAGCAGCAGCAGCAGCAGCAGUAGCAGCAGCAUCAGUGAUGCCAGUGCCAGAAAAGAGUGAGUUGAUCAUCAAGGAGACCAUGCAACACAUGGAAGCACUAGAACUGGACGACGAGGCCGUUGUUGUCGAGGAAGAACCCGACACCCUGUCGCCACUCAUGACCGACAAUCAUACGUAUCUUCAGCAUCAGGAGUUGAUGCGGGAGGAGGGUGAAACGAGUCCGCAGCAUCACUAUCAUCACCACCGUCAUCACCACGGUCAUGACGAGAUCCACGAUUACGACCUCGACGACGACGAAGAGGAAGACGAUGAGAUGUACAUGGAGGACGAUGACCAUAUGGAUCCGGCAGCACCGGCGGUCAGCAUGAAGCAUUCGGACACGAAAGACUCGAUUAGUUCCAUCGACAGCGAUGUUUCAUUGUCUUACGAUAGAAGAAGUUCGACCGAAUCGCAGAAUCCGCCGGAAGACGCCGGAACGGGAUCGUCCGAUGAUAACGCCAAGGACUCGGGCUGUGAAAUCACCAAGAAGCUGAUGGAUGCAACGUCCGCCGAAGAGGAAGCGUACGAGGUUCCCGACGAUGAUAUGUGCGAGAAGAUUGUCGAACAGGUAGAAUUCUACUUCUCGAACGAUAACAUUCUGAAGGAUGCGUUCCUGCUGAAGCACGUGAGACGCAACAAGGAAGGAUUUGUCAGCCUGAAGCUGGUGUCGAGCUUCAAACGCGUUCGUCAGCUGACCAAGGAUUGGCGCGUGGUAGGUGAAGCCAUCAAACGUAAAAGUGUCAAGAUUGAACCAAAUGAUGUGGGCACGAAGAUUCGUCGCCUGGAACCACUGCCAGUGUACGAUGAGACAACUCCAUCCCGGACUGUGGUAGCCACGGGACUGCCGUACGACAAGUAUACCGUGGAGAAGGUGUCCGAGCUGUUCUCGAAGUGCGGAGAAAUUUCUCUGAUUCGUGUGCUGCGUCCCGGUGGCCCCAUCCCAGCGGAUGUCCGUCAGUUCAUCAACAAACAUCCGGAACUGCAGCAGAACGAAUGCGCACUGAUCGAGUUUACUGAAUCAGCUUCAGCUCGCCGUGCUCAAAACAUGGAAGAGUUCAUCGUACUGGAGUUGGUCGCCCCCAAAAGAAGACUGCAAAAAGCCAACGUAACCAAGUUUGUGGAGAACUACAAGUUUGCAGGCCAAGACAUGGAGCGCAGCCGCGGGGGUGAGGCCUUCGAUCGGUUCAAGAUGCGCCGUGGUUCGGCUGGGUUUUACCCGAAGCCGGAAAUGCAACAUGUAUACCAGCAAAUGGUCGCACAACCACUGCCGCACCAUGAGCAGCCAACCAUGCAGCAAAUUGUGCCGCUGCAGCCCCAGCAGCAACAACAGCAACCAAUGUACAUACCGCACUCGCCACAGCAGCGAAAGUAUUCGUACGGAAAUGAAAACUUUGACUAUUUCAACCGUCGUCCGAGCACUUUCUCGAUGGGCAGCAACGAUCAGUCUCGCAAGUAUUCCAGCUGUUCGGACGGCUACUCUAGCUGUGGGGAAAUGUCUCGCCGUACAUCGCAGUGCUCGUCCGCGGCAGACAGCAUGUCUCGCCGAGCGUCCAACUGCUCCGAAGUGCCAUCCAGAAGAACGUCCAACUGUUCCGAGUUUUGCUCGUGCUCGCGCAGAAUGUCCCAGUGCUCGGACGUGUACCGUCGGAUGUCCCAAUGCUCGGAACACAACGUGCGCAAAUUCUCGGUCGGAUCCAACUACGAUCGCAAGUUUACCAACUCACCGGAAAUGGUCAUGCCCCAGCGCCGUAUCUCGAUGGACUCCAACUACGAGCGCAAGUUCUCCAACGGAUCGAUGGGCUUCGAGAGCCCCAACAUUUCGCCGCGUAAAUAUUCCAACGGAUUCGACCCGCUGCGGAAACUGUCCAGCAGCUCGGAGUACUACAACGGACGUCGUAUCUCAACCGAUUCCGGCUACGACCGGCGCAUCUCGGUGGGAUCGGAAUGCUCUAGCGCGGGACCCCGAUCGCGCUCGAACAGUGCCGUCCAGAUGCAGUGCCAUCAGCAUCAGGUCCAGGGUGAGGCGGUUCGUACCCCGAUCGGACCAGACGGCAGCAAAGGAUUCGGGUCGCGGACUCGUCGCGUCGGCCAGAUCGUCCCCCCGGCCUAAGCUCGUCGAAGCCUGCCACAAAACAGAACAUCCACACCCACGUAGGUUCGUUAGGUUACAUAUUUUGCUUCUUACACCUAAGUAUUGCGCACGUCCCGAAGUAUUGUAUGUGGGAGUGAAUUGCGUACGAUCGAGAACCAACGACGCACCCUCGCUAGAACUGCCCCAGCCCAAACGAUCGUCGUCGUCUCCACGACCUAAAGACUUUCACUGUCCCAGAUCGCCGUUUACCUUCACGUGCUGCAUAGCUCGGUGCAUAGCACCCUCGUCGACCAGACUGAUCGCAAAUAAUUGCGCAAAGUCAACGACGCCGCCACAAAGCCGAGAACCGCGGGCUAUGAGACUGUACUCGACGGUCAGGUCUGCAGAUAAAAACGUGCUCCACACACGAUCGCCGAGCCGAGAAGAGAGCGAGUGGAGGUAGACAGCGUGGCGUGGCGACACGUGAGCGCGGUAGCGCCGAUCAACAGGUCUGCGGGUGAACGGGAGAAGUGAGAGAAUGAGCGAGGUUCGGUGAGAUCCAGUGAUGCCAGUUGAUUGUAAAAUUCUUAUCAUUGAACUUGAUCACUCUUCGAGGACGCAGGGUAGCAAAACUUAAAUUUUACCAGUGAUCAUUUCAGUCAAAUUGAGUUUCCGACAAAUCCCACUACUCAGCCUUCGAGAUAGCGAUCAAGUUCAAAGCCUGGCAUCACUGCUUCCGGCUUUGUCGACGCCGAGAAUGAUGAAUGAGCGGCGCACCGUCUCCCACUCUCUCUCUCUCUCUCUCUCUCGCUCUCUUCGGGCACGAUCGCGAAACGAUCUUUGACUGGGACGGUGACGGCAGGGGGCCAUGUGCGUUGGCCGGCCGACGUCGCGACGAUGCUGAUCUUGGCUCUUGUGGUCGAUCGGCGACGGAAUGCGUCGUGGUCGGAACCUUUUAUGAAUGUCUCAGCGAGUGUUUGCGUGACGAGAAUCUUGUCAGAUUUCUAUUUUUAUUCUAGGUUAAGUUUCUUUUUGUUUUGUUAUUUUGUUUCGCUGUUACUAUUAUCAUCGACCUUGUAUCGCGUGACAUUGUUUAGUUAUUUUUUACACACAAACACACUCUCUCGUAUUUAUUCUUAGUUUUGUUCGCGCAUUACUAGUUGGUUAGCUCGUUAGGAUUGGCGGCAGCAGCACACACAUUUAUACGCGUGCAUCAAGAUAUUAGUGUCCCAUGGGGUCGCAGGCUUAGCAUUACUUUAAAAAAAACCCGUAGGUUAGGUGACUCUAUUGUCUACUUCGCACCUUUCAUAAGCAGAGAGUAAUAGUCAUUCUAGGUUGUUCGUUUACGCCAAAGGCGCGUGUGAUGGAUUGCGGAGGAUCUUUGCGAAUCGGGCUUGGUGUUUUUUUCUCUCUCUUAAAAAUGUCAAGUUCGUUAGACACUAUCAAUCAAACGCUUUCAAACGAUCACAGAACGUUCUCUCGAAACUAGUCAUAAAUUCACUUCGUGCCUCGAAUGACCUUGACCUGUUUUUCACGGAUUCAAAUUCAGGGUCUUUGUCUUAACCGUAUUCUCUUGAAAUGGGGUACAGUGCUUCAAAGCUUUAAAGCUUACAUUUUCGUCUUUUACAAGCAAAAACUUUAUAUAAGCACUUAGAAAAUCUUUUAGAAUGAUUCAAUUUUAACUUUUGACAAUUUAAUUUAUUCUUAAAAAAAAAUUAGACGAAAUAAAAAUUUUGACGAUUUGUUUUGUUAUACAGAGACAGCUCAUUGAUUCGAAUAUCACUAAUUUGUACUUUUUUGUUAUUCAUAAAACUUUAAACUGUCAAAAUUCAACUGUAAUUUGUUGGAAUUUGUGAAUUUGAUUUCGGUUGUUCUACAGCAGUUACAUUCAAAUUAACGUUUUUUUCUGUAAUUGAUUGUAACGACUGAAAAGAAAAGCUAAGCAAUCUCAAAUGAAAGUGUACAAGAAGCAAAGUUAGGCAUGCUACCUUUACAAUUUUAAGAAGAUUGCUAAUAACUAACAUUAUAAAACAGAACGGAUUUGAAGCUUUUCAAUAUCAAUCUUUGAUUAUUUUUUUGUUUUUUUAAGCUAACGUCAGGAAAUCACUUUUUAAACUAAUUGGUUGUCAAUAUCAAUUAGGUCUCAACAGAUAACAAGACAACUCUCAAAUCAGUUUGAACAUAGAUUGGCCAAUGAAUUUUCAUGAGCCAAUUUCUCCAAAAUUUACAGUAGAAAAUCCCCUUCGAAUUGCUGGCCAGUGUCAUCGACAGAUGGUCACAAAUUAAAUCAAAAUCGCCACAAUUUCCUCUAAUGCACUUGGCUCCACCGGAAUCAAGCGGAAUAAUGCAACAAACGGUGAAAGGCUGAGUGAAAAGCGUUGUCCAGAAACGAAAAAAAAUUAGACCUGUCACGCAGACAUUUGGGGCUGGCCGCUUUCCAGCUGAUCGCAUUUCCCGGCGAACUGCCAUCAAACUAAGCCAACAAACUUCCCCGGCUGCGGCAGUAGUAAUAAUUAGCGCCAGCGCGUGGCGUGUUUGAGAAAAAAAAACGAAAAAUACACUCAGUUGGGUAAAACUCAUUAUUUUUUACAGAUAUUAUCUAACAAGUUUAGCCAAAAAAGAGUAAAAUUUUAAGAUUAGUUGGAAUGAAGUGAUUUCUUAAUCAGAAGAAAAUUCAAUAACGUUAAGUGACCAAGUGCUUUUUAAUUCAAAUGGUUAACUUAUGUUUUUACAGCACACUAAUCAAUCUAAUUCCAUUACAUUUUAACAAAUCUGUUCAAUUUUUCCGGAAUUAUUCAUGCUAUAAAAAUUUCAGUAAUAUUUUUUUUGAGCACUUUAAAUCUUUUUUCAAACUGAGUGUACUAUCACGUGGAGAAAUGACUCCGAAGACGCCAUUCGCGAGAAAGUCUCGGUUGAAAUUUCCCUUCCUUCAAUCCGUUCCGUUCCGGCGCGGUUCGCAACGUUCCAGGCACCUGGCCAGCUGUUGCUGGUGCUGGUGGCCAUAAAAGUUAAUGAACGUAACUCGCGCGAUUGAGGUAAACGAACAACAACAAACAGAUAAUAGUUUAACGCUUCAUACACUUCCACGUUGCGAUCGGGCAGUGGUGUCUGGGGUGGGCAGUUAAGGGGCAGCCUCACGUGAGCUCGCCUGACUUAACGAGGCGCACAUUACCGGGUUUUGGACCGCGCCGCCGCCGGUCCAAAUGCGCCUCUCUGAACUACACUGUUGUAGGAGUUAAUGAAUGAACGAACGAAUGCAUGAAUGAAGUUUGUUUCCUUCUUCUUUCGCUUCUUACUGCACUUGGAUCGCAGCGGAUCGCUAUCGCAACCUGGAAGUGACUCAACUCGAAAUUAAUCCAAGUCUGAUGAUAUUUUUUUCUUCGUUCGAAAGCAUAACAAACAGUAGCAGGUUGUACCAGCUGAUUUACACAAAAUUUACAUUAGGCACCUUGUUUUUAUAUACGACACACAGAUAUUAUACUUAAGCCAAACAUUUGUUGAAAAGUUAGAGAGCAAGUUCUGCGCGUACAGUAUCGCGAUGAAGGUCUGAACGAAAUUUGGAAGAAAAGUGGCUGCUAUGACAGUUAGUUUAUAACAUAAAUAUAUUUACGAAUAAAUGCCCUAAGAAAGAAUAAACCGACCAUACUAACCCAUCACUGUAAAUAGUACUUAAGUCUGAUGAACAAUAAACCAAUCGAAAUAAAUGCUGGGAUGAAUGCAAAAUGAAACAAAAAAUACAACAGCUGUGUAACGCAAGUGCACUUAGUUGUCUGUUUAGAACAAUAAUUAUAUUAAUUAUUACGAAACGAAAUCGCCUAGAAUUAUCCAGAACAUUAAUCAAAAAACGGAGAAAAAAUCAAACGAAAUUUUACACAUCAUUUAGGCAAAUAAGAAAAAAGCAGAAGAAAAAAAAGUAACAAGUAAAACGUGAUAGAAAGUAAGGCAACCCGUUGAGGCGAUGCGUCCAACGAACCAAGAACUGUGAAGUGAGAUAAUAAAUUGGCUAGAGCUGUAAGUUAGGCCUUGUACUACCUACCAACUACUACUACUACCUUUUUAUACGUGGACUUAUUUUUAACGCAUAACUUAUCGGUUUAGAACGUACAGUGAAGAAAGAUAGAAAGAGCAAGCUUUGGAAGCGUGAAAAAAGUGAAACAAUUUGUAUAGCGUAAAUAAUUUUAGACAUUAAAAUGAGCUACUAUCAAUAGUUUUAAACAAAA